UCUAGGAAGUCUGUUGGUUGCCAUGUAUAUAUGACGCAUCUGUUAAACAAAAUAUACAAACUUGAAUUUUUCAGAGCAGAUUCUCCGAGGAAGACUGACACUCAACACCAUUUUUUCUUUAAUCUCCAUUGAGAAGAAAAAUGGCAGCUAAUGUUAUAACCCAAUCAACUCUGCUUCAACCACAACUUGUACUUUCUGAUAAAACCCUUCAAAACCCAUCUCUCUCUCGCUUAACCAGGCUCUCUCCUCCAUCAAGGAUUGGUUUUUUGCAGGAAAAGAGAACUGGGAUCGUUGUAAAAGCAUCAUUAGCAUCGAUUGUAUUGGAAUCAAACUCUUCAGUUUUGAAGAAUAAGAAAACCUGCAAGAAUCCCAUUGUUGUCAUUGACAAUUACGAUAGUUUCACUUACAAUCUUUGCCAGUAUAUGGGAGAGCUUGGAUAUUACUUUGAGGUUUACCGAAACGAUGAGCUAACCGUAGAAGAGUUGAAAAGGAAAAACCCUAGGGGAGUGCUCAUCUCCCCUGGUCCAGGAACACCCCAAGAUUCUGGAAUUUCAGUGCAAACAGUUUUGGAACUUGGACCUAUUGUACCUUUGUUUGGUGUUUGUAUGGGUUUGCAGUGCAUUGGUGAGGCUUUUGAUGGAAGGAUUGUGCGUUGUCCCUUUGGUGUCAUGCAUGGAAAAAGUUCUCUUGUAUAUUAUGAUGAGAGGGAGGAAGAUGGGUUGUUCUGCGGAUUGUCAAACCCUUUCCAUGUUGGCCGAUAUCACAGCCUUGUGAUUGAAAAAGACAGUUUCCCUGGGGAAGUACUUGAGAUUACUGCUUGGACAGAAGAUGGACUGGUAAUGGCUGCUAGGCACAAAGUAUAUAAGCAUCUACAGGGUGUUCAAUUCCAUCCAGAGAGCAUCAUAACUUCCGAAGGAAAAACAAUUGUUCGCAAUUUCAUCAAGCUAAUCGAGAGAAAGGAGGUGGCCGAAUCCCAGAACUAGAGGUGAUGCUCUGCAGAUAAAUACUCGAGUCAUAAACAUCAGUAUCAGCCAUGAAACCAUCAAGGCAUAAUCUGAUAUGCUUUCUUCAUUUCCUUUUCGGUCUGAAUCAUACAAGUUCUCGUGUAGAACUCA